UCUCUUCCUUCUCCUGCUGACCAAUAUGAAUGUCUUAUGCGCCAUCGCUUCCUUGUUGGACACCUGGCCCUACCGCCUGUGCACUCACAUACUGGUAUUCAUUUAGCCCGUGGAUUCAGCUUUUUCGAUCAUCCGAUACAUACGAAUUCUUCACAAACGAACGCGGUGCCUUCAACAAUUUCGGCUGCUAGUAUCAACCCGGUGCCUGGUUCUGUUGCGAUUUCGUCCAACAAGUUUUCCCACAUCUCAGCCACUGGUGAUGGAAUGACUUGUUCCAUAGGCUUUAACAGUCCUAAGCAAGGAGCGACAACUCGCAAACCAACCGAGAACAUAUCAGAAUUAAGGCUCCAGCAUGAAAAGACACCUUCAGCUUUAACACUUUCUUCUCUUGCAUCAAACCUUCUCCUUAAGGGCGGAGGUCUUCAACUCGCCAUUUGCUCUAUUUCGCUAAAUAAUGGUCCUUACAUGGACUUUAUGAAUAAUUCCGAUCCUGAUAUGGGCGGAGAGGAAAUCAAUGGACCAACUCAGCCGGCUGGAGCCUGCCUUUUGGCUGCGCUUACUAAUUUGUCAACAAAGCCCCUCUCGGUAGCUCCCAUUUCUUUGUCAAAUCGGCAGGCCACUGUAGCUCUACCAUCUGAUCUAACCCCUGAUACCGCCCUUUUAACUGUCCUCCCUGCUGCCGGUGCCACCGCCGUUGCUGUAGCAACUACCGUUGCUGCAGUGACUAGGGCCACGUGCCCUCAGGGGACGCAGGACGCUGAACUACCUGGACAGCUUGGAGACCCCUCGAAUCUCUCAUCCACGGUACCAAUGGUAGCCGGCCUUGGCUGGGCACAAGAAACAGCAUACUGUCCCAAAGGGCAGUUGGUUGUUCACCUACAUGAACACAAGCCUGGCAUGCUAAGCUUGGCAGUCCAUCCAUCUGGCAGACUGCUGGCUUCGUGUAGCAGUGGAGAUGGUCUCGUAAAACUCUGGGAUUGUGGUCACCAGCUAAAUCAACAAUACCAAUCGGCAGUUCACUUGUUAGGCAAAACGCAUCUACCUGCAUGUGGUCAUAUUGCAUCGGGCUCUCUUUUUGGCGCCACUUCCAUCCUUCGCCAGGCCGGACUAUCUGAAGGCACAAAUAUUUUCGGUUUUAGUCCAAAUGCCAGCAUUGGCUACGGCGGCGCCAGUAUAGCUUGGUCUCGUUUGAUCACUUCACUUAAGACCGAUUAUUCAGUACCGCUGCAUGCUCGUCAGCUUCUGCGCCAAUAUCAACCGCAUCAAAACUCGACUCAGCAUCAGCCUACCGGACCACGUGCAACUGAAAUGGCCAGCAACCGGUUCCUGCCAACCAGGGCGGCCAGGACGUAUGCUGCAAACUUCGAGAACUGCCAUUUUCAAGGAGGCGAGCUCAAAGGUUGCAGAGUAGGUCUGAAAAUAAACCACUUACUUAUGCUUCUCCACAUUGACAAGUUUAUUAAGAAUGGUGAAAGGGCACGUAGGAUCACUUGGGAAUCUUAA